UGUCACUCGUGAUAUGUUGGUAUCUUCCUCCACGGCCCACCUCGACGACACACUACCGAACUUCACCAGCCGCUAUAUACCCAUUGCAUGCCCAUUGCCCUCCCAAUCCGUGAUUGACCUUGUCGAUUCUCCAGCAAUAAACGUUUCGAUUGAUGGUAAGGAGGUCCUGCGUGAUCGAGGAGACAAGGCGCCGUGAUAUGGUGAAAUUAUAUGAAGAUCUGUAUUACACAACACCAUGUACCCGGGGCUUUAUAGCACGCCUCCCUUACUUGAUCUUUCUCUGCUUUUAACCUACUCCUUGGCCUUCAUUCCUCUGUGCUCUGCGACACCUGAGCUUACCGUAUACUCAAACUACUUCGAUCCAGCACCGUCUCCAGAGGACGGCCCUCCGUUGUCUGCCAAAGCGCUUCGCAACCCAGCUUAUCUUCCAGCUCAAAUUGGUGCGAUUGUAGGCGCAUAUGCCCUAUCAGUUGUCAUAGUUGCCUUAAUCCUAUUAUCACUCGCGAAACAGCGUCGCAAGCGCAUAACAGCAGGAGAGGCUGGUCUAGAUAACUACCAGGAAUACGGACUUCAGUUCGCAUUUCCCCCAGGGCUCAAACCCGGUGACAAUCCUCAGAACUUUCCUUACCCUCCUCAGACACCCAAGUCGCCCUUCAAAAACUUCUCAUACCCAACGCCACCAACGCCAUCAGGGGAGCAAGGUCGGACACCAUAUACAGUUUCCGGCUCCUUUUCGACAUACUCAACGAGCACUCUUGGCAUCAACCCUCUAGUAGACCAUAGAGUUGUUGCUGCGGACCACGAGAUGGCCCAACAGCAGCUGGAGGAAAUGUACAAAUAUGUGUUGGAGCACGAGGCUGCCAAGGAGGCUGGCACGCCCAUCGAACGGCCGCCGAGCCCUCUGGCCAAACAAACGCCGCCCGUGGCCCCGCCAAAGCAGGGCAUCCUGAAAAGGGGCAAGAACAAGCCUGCAAACUUGGAACUUGGCCAAGGUGAACCAGAGAAGCAGUCCCGAACAUCGGCAUUCCUGUCGGCUCUCAAAUCUCCAAGGAAGAAGAAUAAUACGAAGGGCAUCAGCAUCUCCUCCCCUAUCCUAACGCCCAUGUCAGGGACCUUCCCUCGACAGGACGAACAGGAGAUGAAUGUAAUACCUCCUCGUCACUAUGCGCCUGCUUCGCCGCCACCUGUUCCCACAGACCAGCCUGCAUAUUUGCAGUACGCGAGGCACACUGGGCCGGUGGCACCUAUCACCCCUCCAGAUCUAUCACCAGAGAGCACGCAAAGUAUAGAUGAGCGUCUUGGUGCUCAAUUCGGCCACAACCGGUACGAUUCCCAGGCCCCGACCGAGGUAGAUCCAGUGUCAGCAACCUCAGACCGAUCAACGGCGCCCCUUGUCGGUUUACCAAGUUCGCCCAAGCCUAGCACGACUCGGUUUCCUUCACUCCCAAGCUCGCCUAAGCCUGGGGCCACGUUCCCAACAUCGCCGCGAUCUGGGCAAUUUUCUCGGCCUAAUGCCCCCUCGGCCGUUCGCACCGGAGGCACACUUCCCCUCCGUGCGUAUGAGCCAGCAUUGAGCUCUCCAUCAGCGCAGACCACCAAACAGACAACCUUUGAGCGGGCGAUUCCCUUAUCUCCUGGCGCGCAGACGCCCUGGACGGGUGCCCCUGUCCCCUACUCGCCGUAUCAACCGUUCUCACCUGUGGUACCAGUCACACCGUCACUGGUGACCAAGGCUGACCGUAAGCGGAUGAAGCAACUUCAGCCGAAGACGCCAACCAUGUCGAUGGUGCAAAGUUCCGAUGAGAUGUGGUAGGCGAUGGAUUUGGGAACUGAUAGGGUUAAUAUGUCCUCAGGACGCUAGGAGCGGCGGUGUUCAUGGGUUAUUGGAAGUUAUUGGGUAUGUAAUGAUGAUGUUACAAGGAUUGUCACGAUCGACACGGGGUUUUAUUGUUUUUCAGGGUUGAUGAUUUGCCAAAUAGGCUGAGCUGGGAUAUCAGGUAGGACUGAGGAAAUGAUGUUAUCACUUAUACCACGGGGAGGGAGUCUUAUUGGAGUCAAUUGUACACUAUCAGCCAACCAGUCAUUCCAGUGGGCUGUCAUCAACAAGAUUUUUAGAUUCGCUGUCUUCGAUAGACGAAAAUAUUGUUUUUGGAAAAACUUAUUCAAGGCUCAAAGUCCACCCCCUGAACAAUAUUGUGAUAAAUCUGCUUGUCCCCUGCGUAUUCCUGCCUGGUUGGUUACGAAUUUGUUUGGUCCAGAUUGACUAUGGAGGCAAUCUCUUCAAUGAGAACUAUCCCGAUAUUCUCUUCUCUAGCAAAAUUUGGAGUAUGUAAGUGGUGUUACAAUUCUUAAUGCCUGUGAGGUAAAGAUAAUCAUCCUCACACUACCU